CCCUGGGACUGCGUUCCCGUCCAACCGACGGGAACCCCCCCUGAAAUACCUGACAGAAAUGAUUGAAGUGUCCCGACAGUCUGGUUCCCCAACCCCCAACCCUCGGCCCGAUGAGCUGUCUCUGAAUGUCUCAAGACAACGGCCCCACUUGUUUCCACCCCUGGUUUGUCGGCGGCGCAAUCAACUUACCUCUGAAGAAGUUUUGUGCUUGCUGACCGCUUUUGUUCGUCUCAUUCUCUUGUCUUCCUUCGUUUGACAAAGGAGCUUCUCGAGAUGCCGAUACCGAGUUCGCCUGUGGAAGCUCGGGGGAUUAUUAAAGAAAUUGCGGAGGAAUAUGGCUGGAUCAGUCAGGCAGACCGAGAGCAAACACCCCAAAACGUUUUGCAAGCCCUCUCAAAUCUGCAAAAUGGACUCGGAUCUGCUGCUCGAACGCUCGCGACAAACCUAUACAAGAGUAAUACAAGAUUCCUCUUUGAGUUAAUACAAAACGCCGAGGACAAUAGUUAUUCCAGGGCCAAGGCUGCAGGCGCAGAGCCAUACAUCAAAUUCACCAUUCGGCCCAAUCGGAUUAUCAUCGAUUCUAAUGAAGAUGGCUUCACUACCGAUAAUGUCCGAGCCAUUUGCAAAAUUGGUGAGAGCACGAAGAUAAGGACGGGUUCUCAGUACUACAUUGGUGAAAAGGGGAUCGGGUUCAAGUCAGUAUUCAUGGUGGCGUCCAAAGUGCAUAUUCAAUCCCCGCCAUGGUCAUUCUCAUUCAACCACAAAGAGCGGGACAGUGGGAUGGGAAUGGUCACCCCAGAGUGGGAGUCGGAUGAUGUUCUCUUGGAGGAACCUCUCACGAGAAUUACGUUGACCCUUAUCGACUCCGUCGAUCUCGAUGACCUCCUUUCUCAGUUCGACGAUCUUCCCAGCACAGUACUUUUGUUUCUGAAUAAGUUGGGCAAAAUCAUCAUCGACGAAGAUGUGCAAGAAAACCAAGAUAUCCACCGCGACGCUGAUGGGCAAUGGGAUGAGCAUUCUCAAGAUGAUGAAGAAUUUUUCAGCUUUGAUGAUGAAGACGAGGGUAAUGAUGACGACGGCGACGGCGAUGAUGGUGACGACGAUGAUGAGAAGAACCAGAAUUUACAAGAGAGGCAGCCGAAGAUGCGGGUGAAAUGUAUCACCACCUAUUCCUGCGACUUCGAUCAGAAUAUCAAGAGGGCCAAGGUGACCGUGUUAAGGCAUAGAAUUAUGAGGCCAGACUCAUAUUCAGAAGAUUAUCGUAUCACUCGAAAAUCACUGUCCAACUUGCCAACCGGUACCCACCACGAUUACAAUACGGCUGAAGUCAUUCUCGGUUUCCCUGUCCAUAAUUUCUUAGGAGACGACCGGCCUCAUAUUAGGCCUCAACAAGUCUAUGCUUACUUACCAAUACGAGAUUUCGGAUUUCCGUUCAUUAUCCACUCAGAUUUUGUCACGCAGGCGAGUCGAGAGGAUAUCAUGGAAAACGCGAGAAAUACAGCAAUACUUGACGGUGUGGCUGAGGCGUUUGUGGAUGCAGUGGUGCAGUUCUGUCAGCAGCAAGUUCUCCAGUAUCGUUGGAUGCACUACCUUCCAGAGGAUGAUCGGGUCUCAAGCCCUUUCUGGUCUCGACUUUUGAUUCGAAUAAAGGAGAGAAUCAAGGAAACCCCGAUCCUCUGGCCAAGAAGCAGGACUGGGCUUCGACUCAUCAGCCAACUGAGGAUUCUCCCCAAAAGGUUUCGAGACCACAACGGUGAGCCUCUAGUUGCCGACUUACCAGAGAUAAAUCGAGAGAGGUAUUUGGAUCCAAACUAUGACCUUAAAGUCAACAAUGCGCUCUCGAAACUCAAGACUCUCGGCUUGGCAGAGAUGAAUACCUACGAUUUUAUUGAAAGAAUUGGUCGAGACGCCAAUUCCUUAGUUUCCAGAAUGAAGUCAGCCGAUGACAGCUGGCACGAGCGUGUUGCACAUAUACUUCUACCAGUUUUGGAGAAAGAUCUUUCAAAGAAGGCAAUCACAUAUAUAAGGCAUCUGCCUCUGAUCCCUCUUGGAGAUCACCGGUGGGUUUCGAUUACCACCGAUGAGGUUUACUUCCGGGAAACCGAUGGCAUGCCAAUACCUUCAGACCUUGGUUUAAGACUUGUCGAUUCCAAGGCAGCAUUAAAUGCCACGAGAAAGAAAUUGUUUGUUGAACUCGGAGUCAUUGAUGCGAGUAAAGAGCACAUAAAAAUGUUGAUUUUGAACAAGCACAAGAAAUUUCGGGAAAACAUCACCCUCGAUUCUUCCGCUGGACACCUCAAUUAUCUCUAUUGGACCGAUAAUCAGUCUGGUAAUACCGUGCUUCGAAAGUUGUCACCAUUCUCCUUGUUCAACAAUCGAAAUAUCGCCGUGGAUGGCGAGCAUGACCUGUACUUUCAGACAGACAAGAAAUAUGGUAUCCAGGAAUAUUUUAACCUCGCCCUUGAAGAUACCCAAGGAAGUGAUCCAUUCGGUUCCUUUAUCAACAAACGAUACUUUGAGUCAGCCCCGGGCAGAAAGAAAGGGUCCGAUUCCCUCUCCUUCGAGGCCUGGUUACAGCGUUUCGUUGGGAUUUUGAGGUCUCCUAGACUCAACAACCCGAAGAAUCCUCACAAGCUGUCGAAAGUAUUCUCCUAUAUCGUUACAAAACAUCCCGAACGGUUGCUCGGAACAUUGAAAGCACACUGGAGCAGUGAGUACAAGUUCACAAUUAACGAUGAACUAACAAAAAAGCUUUCUGAAGUUGUCAUUCCUUCUACAAAUAUUGGCAGGAAAAAACUUCAGGAAACAUUUUUGCCCUUGAAAGAGCUCGUUACACAUUGCAAGCAGUUCCUCGACCCUGAAAUCUUUCCAUUUCUUAUUUUGGAUGAUGAUUCCGGCAUUGAACAAUGGAAGUUCCUUGAGAUCUUCGGUAUCGGUAUGGAAAGUAACCUCGACUUCUAUCUGGAAAUCCUGCGUCGAUUCAAAGAGAAGAAAGUAGCUUUUUCUUACAGAAUAUACGAGGAAAUACAGAGGAAAAUCUGGGCUUCGAAAGAACCAACAAACCUUAUAGAACACGUUAAGGAUACUGUCCGCGAUGAAGACCUAAUCUUUACUCCCACUCUCCACAGAAACGACAAUUGGACUUGGGAAGAUGAAUGCGUUUGGGAUGGCCCAGCCUAUUUAAGUGUAAAGUAUGCCUUGCUUCCAGCUCUUUCUACUGUGAAGAGUGGAGCGCUUACUGCGUUCUUUGUGGAAACCAUGGAAAUCUCUGAUGUUUCUACUGGCGAUCUGUUAGCGGAGCUUUUAGCGAUCAAAAGACACUCGCUCAAGAACAGUUCUACUCCGAAUCUAUGGAACGUUCGCGAUAUAUACACUCGUCUUCAAAAUAUGGCUUCACCACCUACUUCCCCAAAACUCGAGACUAUUAAGAAGCGUUUUGAGAAGAAAUCCUUCAUAUACGACAAUCUUCGCAAGACAUGGGUGGCCCCUUCAUCAUGUCUCUGGUCUAAGGAUGCUCAAAUACCGGGAAAAGUCGCAAUUCUUAGUCAAUAUGAAGAUCUGAAGGAUUUCUUUGUCGGAACACUCAAAGUCAAUAUCCCCGACCUCGGUAUGCUCGUCGACGAACUCAGCCGAGUUGUGAGCUCGAAACUCACGGUGAGUGACGUGAAGAGCCUCAUUUGGCAGAUCAACAGUUUCUCGCCUUCGCGCAAGGCUCUCGAGAAACUAAACACUCUCCCAAUUUUCCCAGUGAAAGUCACAAACAGAGGAUUGGACCCAACUGUGCUGCGAGCCAGGAAAGAGAACUUUUCAAUCAUCGACCGCCAGCCGUGGGCAGAGGCGUUUGAGGGUAAAAUCGAUGUUCUUGAUUUCAAAUUGGAGGAAGUUCGGAGAUUACAGCCAUUCUUGUCCUGUCUUAACCUGGAGAAUCGAUACUUGUCUCGUGUUGUAAGAGAGACGUCAUCGUUCCAGGGUGGGAAUGGGGAGCAAAGCAGGACACAGACGAGGCGACUGAGAAGCCGUGCACAUGCGCUCGCAAGAUGUGCUGCUCAUUUUGGCAGCCCUAGGAUCCGUGAUGAUGACCUGUUCAUCUACAGACUACUGCUUCGAGCGGAGAUGUACCAAACCGAUGGAAUAGUUACGAGUUUGGUGCACACCCAUCAUCUCGAGACUGUAACCGUCGAAGUCCACAGGAGCAAGCUUCAUAUUGCUGAAAACUCUGCAAGUCUGAAAAUUUACGUCCCGAAGGAUCGGAAGGACCAUGAACUCUGUUUCCUCCAGCUCCUGCCAACAAAGCUUUUCAAUCAAGUGAUCAUGGGAUAUAAAACCGGCAACUCGACACACGCAUCUGACUCCGAGGCUGUCAGAAUCAUCGCUGCUCUCUUCAUGUCCAGCGAUGAAGUAGUCUGCGAUCUAUUGGAUGACGCAGGCAUUAUUCCUGUGCCGUACCCUGAUGAGUUUAAUAUUGAAACUUCCGAGAACCCUUCGCCAACUGCCGAGCCGACCUCUCAACAUGAAGAUCCUCCGCCGGUUAAUAAGAAAAGCAAAACACGUGAACCUUCGAAGGAACGUAGAUCGCAAAGCCCACAAGAAAACACCACUUCGCCUGGACCCAAAUUUUUGUCUCCGACCCCUCGUUCCUCGUACAGGACCAAACAUCGAGAAGGAGCGCCAAAAGAUCCUCCCAUCAACUCCUUCAGCUCUCGUCCUUCUACACCUCAGAGUGACGAUUCUGUGCCAUUUUCGGCCAACAGUGGACAAGCAGAAUAUCGACGAUUACUCAACAAUGUCAUCGCAGCGGCGAAGAGUAAAAAGGGUGGAUUUCCCGCUCGGGGAGCAUUCCGCCUCGAUGAUUUGCUCAAUGCGCUCCCCACCGAAUCAGAUGCCGAGCCAGUUUCAUAUGACUUGCCGUUCGGCGUUAGGAGUGAGAACCAGCUUGCUCAUGACAUGAAAGUGGGAGCAGCUGGGGAACUAUACGUGUUUGAAAUUCUGUCCCGAUUGGAAAUCCGCCUCCCUGGGUUUGGUCGCGAUAACUGGCAGAGCACUAUUCGCCGACAUGUGAAAGUCCACGAAGAUUACAAUGAUAUGGAGGCAUGGAAAGGGGCAGAAACUGCUGACAUUACUUACGACGAUAAUAAAGGAGAGCUCACCAAGCUCCUUGUGGCAAACGGGUAUUUGGACAAUAUUUGGAUCGGUGCCAAGCCAAAAUACUACCUUGAAGUGAAGACGACUAUCAAGGAAUGUGGUACCAGGUUCUUUGUGAGUAAGAGCCAAUAUCAAAGGGUACGUGGAUUAAGAUCAAAGGGCAUGAACCUUAGAGGCUAAUAGUUGUAGAUGGAACGGAUGAGAUUGAUAACGGGAGAGGUGUCUCUUGAGGUUUACAUCAUCUUUCGUGUGUUCAAUCUCGACAAAGAAACCAUCGAUAUGCGAGUCUAUGUGGAUCCGAAGGGGA